CUGAAGCCUCAAGAGUCAAGUACAAAAAUUCUGGUUGUUUUAGUUUGAUGUGUUACCCUGUAGCAGGAAACUUAGUGUUUCGUCACAGGAUUGGGACAAGGAUGAAGGAGAUCCUUGAAAAAUUUAAUGCAAUAGCUGAUGAGCGGAUAAAGCUUGGUUUGAUUGAUCAGAAGCUUGGGAGCAACCACUUUCAGGUUGAUUCUACUGGAACACGUGAGACUGGUUCCUUGCUAAAGGAACCUGAUCUAGUCCUUGGAAGGGACGAGGCGAAAGACGAGAUUGUGAAAAUAUUGGUGAAUCAAGUCAGAGAUAAUCAAAAUGUAUCAGUGCUCCCUAUAGUGGGUGUUGGAGGCCUUGGAAAGACAACACUUGCCCAAUUGGUGUUUAAUGAUGAGCGCAUAGCCAAGCAUUUUGAGCCAAAACUCUGGGUUUGGGUCUCAGAGGAUUUUAAUGUGAAGAGGAUUAUAAAAGCCUUAAUUAAUUCAAUACGAGGGACUCCUGUUGAAGAAUUAGAAUUGGAUCCUCUGCAAAGAAAACUUCAAGAGUUGUUGAGAGGGAAAAGAUACUUGGUUGUACUGGAUGAUGUCUGGAAUGAGAAUCUAGAGGAAUGGGAGAAACUGAAAUCUGUUCUGGAAUGCGGAUCAAGAGGUAGUUCAAUCAUCAUGACAACUCGCAUGGAGAAGGUUGCCACAAUAAUGGGCACAUUACAAACAUAUUAUCUGUCGAGUUUGUCAGAGAAUCAGAGUUGGUCACUAUUUAGGCAACGGGCAUUUGGCCGUCAAGAGGCUGAAGAAUAUCCUAACCUUGUAGUUAUCGGAAAAGAGAUAGUGAAAAAAUGUGGUGGUGUUCCUCUGGCUGCAAAGGCUCUUGGAGGCUUUCUACGAUUUAAAAGGCAAGAAAAUGAAUGGAACUCCGUGAAAUGCAGUGAAAUUUGGAACUUACCUCAAGAUACAACACAUAUCUUGCCCGCGUUGAGAUUGAGCUACCUUAAUCUUCCGGUAGAGUUGAGAGGUUGCUUUGCAUAUUGUGCAGCAUUUCCCAAGGGCUAUGAAUUUGAAAUAGAAGAGGUAAUACAUUUGUGGAUGGCAAAUGGAUUGCUUUCAUCUAAUGAAACAAUGGAAGUGGAAGAUGUUGGUGUUGCCGUGCUGACUGAACUAUAUUAUAGAUCACUAUUCCAAGCAGUAAAGGAAGAUGAAUUUGGCAAUGCCCUCACUUUUAAGAUGCAUGACCUUGUCCAUGAUUUGGCUCGAUCAGUAAUGAAGGCUAAACACGGUGGAACAGAGUCAAAUAGAACGAUGAUAUUAGGUAUGCCAGAUGAUCAGCUAACAGUGGCUUUUCCUAUUACAAUCACAGGCAUUGACCAGUGCUUUUCUUUCUUGUCAAAAUGUGGUUCCCUGAGGGCUCUCAUGGUAAAGUCAAUGGAGUCUACCCAAGAAGAGUUUACGAAGUUGUCACAUGCAAUAAGCAAACUGAAACAUUUAAGGCAUCUAGAUCUUUCAAGAUCUUUAAUUAUUGAAUUACCCAAUUCAAUUUGUGACUUGUGGAAUUUGCAAAUUUUAAACCUAAAUGAUUCUCUCAUUCUUCUGAGUCUACCCAAGGGCAUGAGAUUCCUCAGAAAUCUUCGACAUCUUUGUCUACAUGGAUGUUGGAGUUUGACUCACAUGCCAAGUGGAAUUGGGAAGUUGACUUGCUUGCGGACGUUGGGUAUGGUCGUCUUGAGUGGCAAGAAAGGCUUCCGACUAAGUGAGUUGCGAGACUUAAAUAUGCUUAGAGGAGGGCUAACAAUUAUGCACCUUGAGAGGAUUGAAGACAAAAAGGAUUCAGAAGAAGCUUGCUUAAUUAAGAAACAGAGUCUCCACGGGUUGAAUUUGUAUUGGGAUUCCGAAAGAACGAUUCAACGGUACAAUGAUAAGGAAGUGCUCGAAGCCCUCAAACCCCGGCCCAACCUUCAACUGCUACGUGUCCUAGGCUUCAACGGUUCAUCAUUUCCAUCUUGGAUUUCAACUGUAACAGAAGUUGUUGUGCACGAGAGUGCAGCGGAGUACAUAGUUGGGGUCUAA